CAUAUUUAGUUCUGUUGAAAACGGGGGAGUUACUCCCCACCCCUUCAAAAACAGUUAAUUUUGACAUAUAUGCUGGUUUUCACACGUGGUGUUAAAACCACAACCGUUUCUUUUCUUGGGGGAAUGAACCUAUGGCAGCCACGCUGUAAGAAGAGGGAACAGAAAACGAAAUGAAGGAAAAGUCUAAAAAUGCUGCCCGGACUAGACGGGAGAAGGAAAACAGCGAGUUUUACGAACUGGCCAAAUUACUACCGCUGCCAUCUGCAAUAACCUCCCAGCUCGACAAAGCCUCCAUCAUAAGACUGACAACGAGCUAUUUAAAAAUGAGAGUGGUUUUCCCUGAAGGUCUGGGAGAGGCCUGGGGCCAGACCAGUCGCACUGGCCACUUGGAUAACGUCAGCCGAGAAUUGGGGUCCCACCUGUUGCAGACCCUGGACGGCUUUAUUUUCGUGUUGGCCCCGGAUGGGAAAAUUAUGUACAUCUCGGAGACGGCGUCAGUUCAUUUGGGACUGUCACAGGUGGAGCUGACUGGAAACAGUAUUUAUGAGUACAUCCACCCUGCUGAUCAUGAUGAAAUGACUGCAGUUCUAACAGCUCACCAGCCCUACCACUCUCAUUUUGUUCAAGAAUAUGAAAUUGAACGGUCUUUCUUUGUGAGGAUGAAAUGUGUCUUGGCAAAGAGGAAUGCUGGUUUAACCUGUGGUGGUUACAAGGUUAUCCACUGCAGUGGCUAUCUAAAGAUUCGUCAGUACAGCCUAGACAUGUCUCCUUUUGAUGGUUGCUACCAGAAUGUUGGAUUGGUGGCAGUUGGCCAUUCAUUGCCCCCAAGUGCUGUGACAGAAAUCAAACUGCACAGCAAUAUGUUCAUGUUUCGAGCUAGCCUUGACAUGAAACUGAUAUUUCUUGACUCCAGGGUAGCUGAACUGACAGGCUAUGAACCUCAGGAUUUAAUAGAAAAAACUCUUUAUCAUCAUGUCCAUGGAUGUGAUACGUUUCACUUGCGCUGUGCUCAUCACUUGUUGCUUGUCAAAGGACAGGUAACAACAAAAUAUUACCGCUUCCUUGCAAAGCACGGAGGUUGGGUGUGGGUUCAGAGCUAUGCAACAAUAGUCCACAAUAGCAGGUCAUCUAGGCCCCACUGCAUCGUUAGUGUCAACUACGUUCUCACGGAUGCUGAAUACAAGGGGUUGCAACUGUCGCUUGAUCAAGUAACAGCAACAAAACCAUCCUUUUCAUACGCAAACUCAACCCCAACCAUCACGGACUCCAGGAAGACAAGCAAGUCCCGUCUUAGCCGAACAAAAUCCAAACCAAGAACAUCACCUUAUCCUCAGUAUUCUGGAUUUCACAAAGAAAGAUCUGAAUCGGACCAUGAGAGCCAAUGGGGAGGAAGUCCACUCACAGACAAUGCUUCCCCACAACUGAUGGAUCAUACAGAAGGGUCACAGCCACAUUCACAGCACGACAUUAUAUCCUGCGCCUACGGACAGUUUUCUGACAGAAAUUCUUUGUGCUAUGGCUUUGCCCUCGAGCACUCCAGAUCGGUGGAGGAAAGGCAGUCCCACUUCCACACAUCGCCGUGUGAGGGUGGAAGGUGCGAGGCAGGCAGAUACUUUCUUGGGGGCUCGCAAUCUGGAAGAGAGAAUUGGUGGAACUCCUCCCGUAUGACACUUGCUCUGACUAAGUCAUCUCCAGAGAGCAGGGAGGGAUAUGAAAACAGCAUGCCACACAUAGCUACUAUUCCCAGUAUUCAUGCUGCAUUGUUGAAGCUGUUUGAGAUAUCUGUGAAUUCAAUGACUCACUGCUGGCAAAUAAGAUGA